UUCAAACCUGGCAACCCUGCUGAUGACUACACUCACAACUCAGUCCCUCAUACAGCCUGAGAUAAAAAUUUUGUUGAGUUGAUUUAAAAAGUUUUUAUUUAAAAAUAUUACGAUUAUUAAGUGAAAUAUAUAGUUUUGUAUUGGUUUGCGUGAUUUGGUUUCAGUUAGUUCUAUACUUCAGAAACUCCAACUCGACUUAUAUCAGCUGAUCAGUGAUGUUUCAAACAUAAACAAAGAAAACAAACAGUAAAUAAAGAAAUUAUGAAUUUCUUCCGACGAAAUCGGCCGGAAACGACGUCUUCCCUCAAAGCGGAAGAAUCUUCGUUGCCGAUCGAUAAUUCUUCCAAAGUGGACGAUUUCAAAACAGUGAUUGUGGACGAUUUUUCCACUGACGAUGCGAAAGAUUUAAAACCGGACUCGAACUCGAAUUUUUCAACCGAAGGAUUAACAUCUCUUGUAGUUUCUAUAGCAGAAAGUGUGGAGGAAAUCCAUAUAGCAGAUGGAUCGAUUAUCGUCACCGACGAAUGUUUCGAGAUUAUCGAGGACAGAGAGGUGGCCGAGGCCAAACCGAAGAGUUUGGAGGCUUUCGACAAGGCAUUAGAGGACGCCAUUUCGAGGCUGAAAGAGGUUACAGAUAUUUCGGAGAAGGACGUUCAAGAGAUAACUUACGAAAUACGACAUUUAGAGGAAAAACUUCAUUUAUGGAGAGAAGUAAGAGAAAGAACGAUAUAUCGACUCAGGGAGAUAGCUGAUUACAUAGACAGUAUUGGAAAGAAAACAGGAUUUGCCCGAAUUGUCGGAAGCAGCGGCGGUAUUAUCGCCGGCAGUUUGACGAUCGCCGGUGGUGUGAUGACAGUAAUGACGGCGGGUGCUGCUGCACCCGUUCUUGUGGCGGGAGCAGGGAUAGGAUUAGCUUCAGGAUUAACGGGGGGAGCUGCAACAAUAACUAAGAAAAUUCUUGCAUCUAAACAAAUGAAGGAGGAGGAGGUGUAA